CUCCUUUUUUCUGGCCUGGGCCAAGUCCUCUCGGAGGUCCCAGAUGUCCGGUUCCAGAUGCCUGAUCUCAGAGCCGGGAACUAUCUCUGGGGAAGCCCCUACUCCACAAGCUGCCCAGGCAAGAUGUGGUGGCUGCUUCUCUGGGGAGUCCUCCAGGCUUGCCCCACACAGGGCUCUGUGCGCUUGGCCCAGCAGCUACCCCAGCACCUGACAUCGCCUGGGUACCCAGAGCCAUACCUCAAAGGCCAAGAGAGCACCACUGUCAUUGAGGCUCCACAGGGCUUUGCUGUGAAGCUCGUAUUCCAGGACUUCGACCUGGAGCCAUCCCAGGACUGCGAGCGGGACUCUGUCACAAUCACAGCCAGUGGGAUGGAUCCAAGCCGGUUUUGUGGCCAGCAGGACUCCCCUCUGGGCAGCCCCCCAGGUCAGAGGGAAUUUGUGUCCUCAGGGGGCAGUUUGCAGCUGACCUUCUAUGCACCCGCCUCCUCUGAGGACAAGACCACCCACCUCUACAAGGGCUUCCUGGCCCUCUACCAAGCAGUGAGUCUGAACCAUAGUCAUUUCAUCAGCCAGGUUAAUGGGAACUCUGAGGCCACACACACACCUGGAGACAACCCCUACAAGAUCCAGAACCACUGCCAAGAGCCCUAUUAUCAGGCAGUGCCUGCAGAGACAUUCACCUGCACAGCCCAAGGCCCCCGGAAAGAGACACAGGACAGGAAAGAGGUUCCUCACUGUGUACCUGUGUGUGGACGGCCAGUCACCCCCAUCACCCAGAACCAGGAAGCCCAAGGUCCUUCCAAAGCUAAGUUGGGCAACUUCCCCUGGCAAGCCUUCACCAUUAUCCAUGGCCGUGCAGGAGGGGCUCUGCUAGGUGACAGAUGGAUUCUUACUGCCGCCCACACCAUCUAUCCCAAGGACAGCAUCUUUCUCGGGAAGCACCCAAGUGUGAAUGUGUUCCUAGGCCACACAAACAUAGAUGAGAUAAUAAAACUGGGAAACCACCCUGUGCGCCGUGUGGUUGUGCACCCAGACUACCAUCAGAAGGAGUCCCACAACUUCAACGGGGACAUUGCGCUCCUGGAGCUCCAGCACAGUGUCUCCCUCGGCCCCAGCCUCCUCCCAGUCUGUCUGCCUGACAGUGAGACUCUCUACCGCAGUGGCCUGAUGGGCUAUGUCAGUGGGUUUGGCAUGGAGAUGGGCUGGUUAACUACUGAGUUGAAAUACUCAAGGUUGCCUGUCGCCCCAAGGGAGGCCUGCGAGGCCUGGCUCCAAGAAAAACAGAGGACUGAAGUGUUUUCUGACAACAUGUUCUGUGUUGGGAAUAAGACGUGGAAGCAGAGUGUCUGCCAGGGGGACAGUGGUGGCAUCUAUGUGGUAUGGGAUGAUGAUGCCCAUCACUGGGUGGCCACGGGCAUCGUAUCCUGGGGCAUCGGGUGUGGCAAAGGGUACGGUUUCUACACCAAAGUGCUCAGCUACAUGGACUGGAUCAAGCGAGUGAUGGAUGGGAAAGACUGACCCUGAGGGUGCUGAGCAGUGACACCAGUACCGUGGAGGCCCCAGAGGGGAGAGGGUUGAGAGUGAGGACUGAGCUCCAUGAAGAGAGGAGCUGGGCUGGACAGAACCCCUCCUCUGCUCAAAACUGACCCCAUCCCUGAUGGAAGGGGCAUCCCUCUACCUUCUACCUUCCCUUGAGUUUGUGCAAUACCCAAUGAAGCCUUGUACAUCUCAGCAAGUUUCACUUUGAACUUUGUCUCCUGCUGACACAGCUUCUUCUGUCUCUCCUGCGUGACAGCCACCCACUCAUCCCCCUGUUCAAGUGGUGUAUGGCGGAAGUGGUGUUAAUUGCAUUUCAUUUCUGAAACAUUCCAAAUCCCCUUUAGUUGAUCUUCAAAUAUGCAAACUAUUGGCUUCACUGCCUACCACAACAGCUAGAUGUAAUCACAGUCAUAGCUUGAUUUUUGUGUUCCAUCUUCUGUAUACCAGGCACUUGAUAUAUGUUAUUUCAUUGACUCCUCACACCAAGUUUGUGAAGGAUGCAUUAUGAUCCACAUUUUAAAUGAGGAAACUGAAGCUCAGGGAACUAAAUUGACUUGCCUAAAAUCUCACAGCUGACCUGGAACUGCAAAGGCUGUGUGCUUCCCAGUGCACCUUGAUACUUCUCAGGUGUCCUCAAGGCCUGCUGUAUCACCCACUUCUCCUUCCCGAUCACCAAUUCCUUACAGAGCCUUGCUCCCUGGGAAUUCCUGCUUUGGUGAGGAUGAGGACACCUGCUCACACUUUCCUGGGGCCCAUCUCCUACAGACAGACACCCCAUCUCCUGAGCCCAGUCCUGGGCUGGAUGUACCUGCAGAUACCCCCAGUGCUGCUGGACACACUGGGCCAUGCUCCACCUGAGAAGACCAACUCUUUAACUUUUAGUAAGGACUUGGGGUGAUUUACAGUAAAAGGCACAAAUAAAAUACAGUUGUUCAAAUGGAAGUAGAAAAUGAAUACCAUAAGACAGAGAAAAGAGCAGCUUUGCUAGUAUUGAAAUUCAAGUUAGCUAUACGGUUAAAGGUUACAUUUAUCUUUGAAAAAAAUAACAGGAUUCAAAGGUAUACAUACAUGUGGUUACUUCUAUUUUUUAAACCUCUGCAUAGUACAAAAGACUAUUAAAAAUAGUCUAAAAUAUUAACCAGAGGUCUUUUUAAGUGGUAUAAUUCUGGCUGUUUUGUUAUCCCCUAUUCCUCUCUAUUUUCUAAACUUUGUUUGAUGAGCAUGUAUUAAUUUUAUUUAUUUAUUUAUUUUUAUUGAAAAAAUGAUGUGAGUUCCUCUCUGCCAAGGCAAAAAAUACACACACACACACCCUGCCAAAAAAAUGUAUGAACAUUUUAAGAAAGGAAAAAACUAUUAAAAUUAUG